AUGUGCGGACGAUACGCCCUCGCCUACCCGCCCGCCGACCUCGCCCAGCGCCUGGUCGAGAACGGCCUCCCCGUGGACGAGGAGCCGCUCGCGCGCGAGGUGCGCAGCGGGUACAAUGUUGCGCCGGGGAGCCACCAGCCUGUGUAUCGUGCGCUUCCUGCGGGCGGCGGCGCGGGGGCGGGGGAGAAGGAGGGUACGGGGGAGGGUACGGGGGCUGGGGGAGGAACGAGGUUUGGGUUGACGGCGAUGCGGUGGGGCCUAAUCCCCUCCUGGUCCUGGCCCAGCACCACCACAAGCACCACCCCCACACCCCCACCCACAACCCUCACCACCAUCAACUGCCGCGACACCUCCCUCCGCCACUCCACCGGCCUCUGGAGCACCCUCAAGCACACGCAGCGCUGCAUCAUCCCCGCCCAGGGCUUCUACGAAUGGCACAAAACCGCCUCCCAGCAGCGGAUCCCGCACUUCAUCAAGCGGCGCGACGGCGGCCUCCUGUUUUUCGCCGGCCUGUGGGAGUCGCACACGCCCGCCUCGGGGGCGCCGUACUACUCGUACACGAUCGUGACGACGGCGGCCGCGCCGGCGAUGCGGUUCGUGCAUGAGCGCAUGCCGGUGGUGGUGGAGGCGGGGUCGGAGGAGAUGCGGCUGUGGCUGGCGCCCGGCGUGCGCUGGGGGGAGCGGCUGCAGGGCGUGUGUGUGCCGUGGGGGGGCGAGCUGGAGGUGUAUAGGGUCGCCAUGGAGGUCGGGAAUGUCAAGCGGGAUGAGAGCUGGUUUGUGCAGCCGAUUGGGGCGCUGAAGGGGGGGAUUGAGAGCUUUUUUGGGGGGGCGGGUAAGGGGGAGAAGAGGGAGGCUGAUGAGGGUGGAGCAGCAGCGGGUGGUGGUUUGAUAGCAGGGGAUAAAGUAAAGGCCGAUACUAAGGUCGAUAGUAAGACCGGGAGAGAGGCAGGAACAGAGAAGGCACACCCCAAAACCGAACCCCCCAUCGACGACGAAUGGGAGACCUGGCCAGAGGCCUUCAAAGCCGCGCACAACCCCGAAGAAGAAUGGGAAACCUGGCCAGAAGAGGAAUUCAAAGACGAAGCCUCCAGUGCCAAUGAUCCCCCAGAAGUCAAACCAGAACCCGCCUCAGGCACCCCCGAAAACAACGCCCCAAACACCACCACCACCACCACCACAGCAGCGCUCAAACGGGAGUAUGAUGACGCCGGCGACACCUCCUCGCCGCUGCCCGGGCCGCCGGCAAAGGUGUCAAAGACGGGCGAGACGCCGUGGGUGCGGUCUGCCACGAGUAAUGCUGCGAACCGGAGGGGUGGUGGUGCUGGUGCUGGUAAGAAGAUGGGGAAGGGCGUGAAGGAUGGGACGCCGAUGAUUACGAAUUUCUUCAAGAAGUAG